AGUUUAGACUCUAUAGAUUGAAGCGGAACAGAGUCUUCUCUGUCAAGAACUCGGCGAUUUCGCUUUUAGUAAACAAACCGACGGCGCUUGAGUUGAGUUCGACGUUCACGCCGAUUGUUUGUUGGCUCUGUUUUUUUCUCAGUCUUUCUGCUUUCCUACUCCCAAGAGACUGUUUUUUCUCUUUUGGUUCUUAGAACUUGUUUUUGGAGAAUCCGUUGCUUCGAAUCAAGAGAAUCGCUUCAACAUUCUUCUCUGAACAGAGUUUCAUUGUUUAGCUCUCUGUUGAUUUAAGUUUACAAGGAUUGGACAAUGUGCGUCAGAAUCUAGGUGUAUUAUCGGUUUUCGGGAAAGGUUAUAGAAUUUGUUAGCUGGGAGUAAGGUGACCCAGUUAUCAUGGAUAAUGACAUGUUUCUGGAGCAGCUGGUGCCAUCAGGGGUAUUGAGGGCCAUUAGCUUUGGUGUUUUGACUGAAGCGCACAUAGAAAAAUGUUCUGAGAAAACUGUGGCUGCUGGCAAUGAGGUUUCAGAUCCAAGGUUAGGGUUUCCGAAUCAAUCCUCUCAGUGCUCCACAUGUGGUGCUAAAGAUUCUAAAAACUGUGAUGGUCAUACAGGGAUAAUUAAGUUCCCAAUGGACAUAUUGCAUCCAUAUUUUAUCUCAGAAACAGUGCAAAUUCUCAAUUCAUUUUGUCCAGUAUGUAGGUCACUUCGACAAAAUCAGCAUAUCAAGGGUGCCUAUAUGGUAUCAAGUACAUCUACAGAAACAGCUGGUCAAACCAAGGGUUGCAAAUAUUGUGCUGGCUGGUCAAAGCAAGGCUAUCCACGAAUGAAAUUUAAAGUUGCUUCAAAAGAUAUGGGCACAAAUAACAUUUCAAUUAUAGUUGAAGUAAAUGAGAAGUUCCUAAACAAAUUUCAAAAUAGAAAUACCAGUCAAAUACUUCCUAUGGAUUACUGGGAUUUUAUACACAAAGAUCCACAGCAAGAAGGCCAAUUCAUGAAAUGGAACCAAAGAGUGCUAACAGCAGCCCAGGUGUUUUAUUUGUUGAAAGACAUUGACCUUGAGUUCAUAAGGAAUUUUGUUCUAAGACCAGAAUCACUUUUUCUUUCUUGUUUUCCUGUUACGCCCAACUGUUAUCGUGUAAUGGAAACAACACAUAUAUUCUCCAAUGGGCAUCAAUUGAUUUUUGAUGACCGCACCAAGGCUUAUAGAGGUCUGGUGAUUGACUUCAAAGGACAGUCAGAUAUACUUGGUUCACGUGUUUGUGACUUCUUAAAUGUUUCCAGAUUGCACACUGAUAAAUCAUUGAGCACAGAUUCCGCUUCGAUGAAGUCUGGUUUGAAAUGGAUGAAAGAAGUUGUUCUUGGAAAGCGAACGGAUUAUGUGUUCCGUAUGACUGUUGUUGGUGAUCCAAAGAUUGCACUGCAUCAAAUUGGAAUACCUCGUGACAUUUCAGAGAGUUUGUUAAUUUCGGAACACCUAAACUCACAGAAUCGGGAUAAGUUACUCAUCUGCUGUAGCUUACGUCUCCUUGAAAAGGGAGAGCUCUAUGUUAGAAGGAAGGGUGAUCUAAUUCGCCUACAUAGUACCAUUCAACUUGAGAUGGGGGACACUGUAUAUAGACAUCUAGAUGAGGGAGAUGUUGUUUUGAUAAAUAGGCCUCCAUCAGUGCAUCAGCACUCCCUAAUUGCUCUAUCAGUCAGGGUCCUUCCAAUUAAUUCAGUUGUUUCCAUAAAUCCUCUCUGUUGUUCCCCCCUACGUGGUGAUUUUGAUGGAGAUUGUCUUCAUGGGUAUGUUGCCCAAUCCAUUGACUCUAGAGUUGAGUUAAGAGAACUUGUCUCUCUAGAGCGGCAGUUAGUUAAUGGACAAAAUGGUCGAAAUUUGCUCUCACUUAGUCACGAUAGUUUAACUGCUGCUCAUGUGGUCCUGAAUAAGGGUGUUUUCAUGAACAAGUUUAAAAUGCAGCAGCUUGGAAUGUCAUUCAAGGGUAAGGUUGAUUUUUUGAACAAGAUUGAAACGCAGCAGGUUGGAAUGUCAUGUCCUGCUAUUCUCAAAGUACCGUCACCUCACUUUUGUGUAUGGACUGGGAAGCAGUUAUUCAGUAUGCUCCUCCCUGAGGGCUUUGAUUUUGAUUUCCCAUCAAAUGGUGUCCAAAUCAGAGGAGGAGAACUUUUGUCUUCUUUGGAUGAAUCUUCUUGGCUACGAGAUACAGAUGGCAACAUUUUCUCCAGACUUGUUAAAGAUUUUGGGAGUGAAACCCUUGAUUUACUGUUCACUGCCCAGGAAGCUCUUUGUGAGUGGAUAUCUAUGAGGGGAUUUAGUGUCUCUUUAUCUGAUUUUUACUUUUGCUCUGAUUCAUACUCCCGGAAAAAUAUGAUUGAUGAGAUCAAGUGUGCCCUAAAAGAAGCAAAGCAGGUUUGUCAAGUCAAACAAUUGAUGGUGGAUCCUACCUUGGAGCACUUUCUCAAGCAUGGUGAAGAAGACCAUUAUGGAAAGUAUCUCAACAUGGAGAAGAAGAAUCACUUAAACCAGAAGUCUGGUGUAUUGAAUCAAGUUUUAGUCGGUGCUUUUAGAGAAGUCUUUCAUGACAUUCAGAACUUAAUCUAUCAGUACUCCAGCAAGGGCAAUUCACUGUUGGACAUGGUAAAGGCUGGAAGCAAGGGUAGUCUUCUGAAACUUGCUCAGCAAGGCCUGUGCCUUGGUUUGCAGCAUCCUUCAGCUCCAUUAUCUUUCAAAUUUCCCGACAGGCUUUCUUGUUAUAUGUGGAAUUGUCAGAAGGAUUAUGAAAAUUCUGUACAUAAUGAAUCUGAAGUACCCUGUGCUGUGGUGGAAAAUUCUUUUCUUGAUGGCCUGAACCCAUUAGAAUGUUUUGUUCAUUCGGUAGCAUGUCGAGAUAAUUCUUUUGGUGAGAAUGCCGAUCUUCCUGGUACUUUGACAAGAAAGCUUAUGUUUUACAUGCGUGAUCUCUACCUUGCUUAUGAUGGAACAGUGAGAAGUGCUUAUGGGAAUCAACUUGUUCAAUUCUCUUAUGGUGCUUCCAAGAACUUAUCUGUUAAGGAUAAUGACCUUAGUGAGGUGUUUGGUGAGCAUACAUAUGCUUUUGAUGGAUUUGGUGGUCAACCUGUUGGCUCUUUGGCUGCUUGUUCCAUUUCGGAAGCUGCAUACAGUGCUUUAGAUCAACCAAAGGGUACACAAGAAAUUUCUCCCCUGCAAAAUCUAAAGAAGGUAUUGGAAUGUGGUCCAAGAAAAAGUAUUGUAAAUCGAACCAUAUCAUUAUUUUUGUCGAGUAAACUCAGAAGAUGGAAUUAUGGUCUUGAGUAUGGAGCCCUAGAAGUUAAGAGCCAUCUGGAGGCAGUAUUGUUUUCAGAUGUUGUUUCUACUGCCAUGAUUGUCUUUUCUCCACCACAGCAUCAAAGGACACACUUCAGUCCAUGGGUUUGCCAUUUUCAUAUAUGUGAGGAAAGCAUGAAGAGAAGACAGUUGAAUAUUGACUCUAUCAAAGUUGCUCUUACAAGAUACCAUACGGCAAAGCAAGCUAAAGUUGGUAUGCUUCCAAACUUGCAUAUUUUGAGCAGGAAUUGUUUGGUAGCUGAUGCUCAGAAGGAAAAUCUUGGGAGGUUGUGUAUCACUGUUGCAGUUGAAAUUGCCAAUGGUGCUUCUGUUGAAUUGGAUGACGUCCGAGACAUUCUGAUACCAAUUCUUCUUGGAACUGUUGUUAAAGGGUUCUUGGAGGUUAAAAAAGUGGAUAUUUUGUGGAAUAAUCUGCCCAAGGCAUCAAAGUCCCUUAAAGGUUCUUCUGGAGAACUUUAUUUGAGGAUUUCAAUGUCAAAAAGUGGCGAUAAAGCACAAAUAUGGAGUGUUCUUCAGGAUGUGUGUCUUCCAAUAAUGGAUCUGAUUGAUUGGGAGCGCAGUCACCCAGACAAUAUUUAUGACAUAUGUUUUACCCAUGGCAUAGAUUCUGCAUGGGAAUAUUUUAUAAGAAGUUUGAGGUCUGCAUUAUCUGAUGUUGGGAAGACUGUACUUCCAGAGCAUUUGCUUCUUGUUGCAAAUUCUCUUUCAUUUACUGGACAGUUUCUUGGAUUGAGUGCACCUGGGCUAAAGAAGCAAAGGCAUUUGACAUCCAUCUCAUCCCCCUUUAUGCUUGCUUGCUUUUCUAGUCCUGGUGCUUGCUUCAUCAAGGCUGCUAAAGAAGGGGCUAAGGAUGAUCUUUUGGGGACUUUGGAUGCACUGGCUUGGGGAAAGAAGGCUCCGAUCGGAACUGGCGGACAUUUUGAUAUUUUAUAUUCUGGAGAGGGGCAUAAACUUGAUGAGCCUCAGGAUAUCUAUGACAUCUUGUGUCACCAACUGAAAUCGCAGGGGGAGAAUAUUGAGAACAGGGUAUCUCAUAAUCCCAAAAAUACCGGACUGAGCUCUAGUCAACUUAACCUUUUUCAAAUACUCAAGGGUCAUAAAAGUAUCUGCAAGGAAUGGGAUUCUCAAUCAUUGUCUAUAAGUGAUGAUCCUCCACAUAAAGGACAGAGAAGUUUGGAUUGCAUAUUAGAUUCGGUUCUAAGAAAUUUCUAUUCUGCAGAUGAUAUUUUGAGGAUGAACAUUUCAUUGAAGAACAUUUUACAAGAGUACGAGAUUGAUGAGUGCUUAAAUGAAAGAGACAAAUCCAUGUUGUUGAAGGCAUUGUAUUUCCACCCUCGAAGAGAUGAAAAGAUGGGAUGUGGACCUCAAGACAUCAAGGUGCAAGUUGCACAUUGCAGAAGUGUAUAUAUAUAUAUAUAUAUAUUUAAUGAGAUUAAGCUUACUCGAAGACAACUUGUUUUCAGGUGCAAGCUGCUCUUUGUGGAAGUAUAGAUCCUAUUCUUUGUAUCCGUGGAAUGGAAUUUUCAUGAUCAUGAUGUGUCCAUAAUUGUUUGGUUUACAUUAAGGUUGUUCAAGUACAUAACCUAAUUUCAUUAAGGUUGUUCAAGUACAUAACC